AUGGAGAACAUCAAAGAAACCUCAAUUGAACCAGCUGCAUCUGAGCUUCAAAAGCUCAAGGAUAAAUAUACAGCGGCUGAACAGGAGCAAGUCUUUACCUUCUAUGACACUCUCGACGUAACCGAAAAAGCGUCCCUGUUUUCUCAGCUCUCCAAGUUUGACCCAGAUUAUAUUAAUCAAAUCACCAAGCGUGCCCUCGACUCAGUUAAAACGACUAAUGACAGAGAGAAACUGGAACCUCUUCCAUCUUCUGCUACCGCUAGUAUUCUUGAUUCAGAUUCCAAAGAUAUAGAUAAAUGGCAUGAGCAAGGAUUAAACCUAAUUGCAGAGAAUAAGGUCGGGGUAGUCCUUAUGGCAGGUGGGCAAGGCACACGACUGGGUAGCUCAGAGCCCAAGGGUUGCUUCAACAUUGGAUUGCCCUCCGAAAAAUCAUUAUUCCAGUUACAGGGAGAAAGAAUCUAUAAAUUACAACAAUUGGCCAAGAAACGAGCGGCAAAUGGUAAAGAAGUUGUCAUUCCCUGGUAUAUAAUGACAUCAGGUCCCACCCGUGGGCCAACCGAGAAGUUCCUUAAGGAGCACGAUUACUUCGGCCUCUCAAAAAGUAAUGUAACUGUGUUUGAACAAGGCGUCUUACCUUGCAUAUCAAAUGAUGGCAAAAUAUUGCUUGAGGGCAAGGGCAAAGUAGCAGUAGCGCCAGAUGGGAAUGGAGGUAUUUAUCAAGCAUUAGUCUCGUGCGAGAUAUUGGCUGAUGUUAAAAAACGGGGAAUUGAACAUAUACACGCCUACUGCGUAGAUAACUGUUUGGUCAAAGUUGCGGACCCAGUAUUCAUUGGAUUCUCAUCGAGUAAAAACGCCGAUAUUGCGACGAAAGUCGUAAGGAAAAGAAACGCAACAGAGCCGGUUGGUCUUAUAAUGCUGAAGAACGGCAAGCCAGGUGUUGUUGAGUAUUCUGAGAUCGACCAAGAAAUUGCAGUUGCCAUGGAUCCUAUCCAACCUGGUAUUCUAAAGUUUAGGGCUGGCAAUAUCGUCAAUCAUUAUUAUUCGACACGUUUCCUGAAGACAAUUCCCCAAUGGGCUCAUAAGUUGCCACAUCAUAUCGCUCGCAAGAAGAUUCCAUUCAUAGAUACUUUACAGGGUACUGUUGUAAAACCAGAGAAACCAAAUGGAAUCAAGCUUGAACAGUUUGUUUUUGACUGCUUUCCGAUGCUAGAUUUGUCCAGAUUUGCAUGUCUUGAGGUGAAACGGGAAGAUGAGUUUUCACCCUUGAAAAAUGCUAGGGGAACUGGGGAAGAUGAUCCCGAUACGAGUAAGAAAGACAUUAUGGAUCAGGGUAAAAGAUGGGCCCAGGCAGCUGGAGCCUUGCUAAAAAGUGAAGCCGAGCAAGUCGGCCUUGAGAUUUCCCCCCUUAUCAGCUAUGGCGGAGAAGGACUCGCGGCUCUGCAAGGAAAGUCUAUUUCAAGCUCUUUAUUGGGUGAAAAUCAAAUUUAG